AUGCAAACUAUGGGACCUCCACCUGCUAAGUCUCCAGAGAAACCUCUUCUUAUAACACCCUCUGCUUCUCCGCCUCCUACGAGAUUAUCAAGUCGAAUAUCUGAUGGUGCCUCGCCGACGAAAAAGCCACGUUUCAAUUCAAUAGCGCGUCUAACACCCUCCGAUGCUUCAUCUUAUGCAUCACGUACGAUUAAUCCCGAAGAUGUACAAAAGGAACGCGCAGCUUCAAAAAUGCGCCUGUUUGACGUAUGGUCCAGUUUAGCAGAGCGCUAUACCGUUCCAGUGGAAGAGGACGACAUCAUCAAUAUUCAAACGGGGGAAAUUACAAGGGACAAUGGCUAUUUGCGAAGGUCCAAAAAGCUGGAAUUCGGUAGUAUUGCUCUAGGGGAUGUACCAGCAGAAGAUUAUGACAGCCCAGAGGAAGAAGAGGAUGAGUAUGACAUUGAUGAACUUGACGCGUUUGCAGAUGACGCGUCCGAAAUCAGCUAUCAAGAUAUGGAGGGCCAUCCUGACGAUGAACACAUAGAAAGAGACGUGCCACCCUCAACGAUUCUUACUGCUGCAGAUGCAGAAGAUUUACGAGAGUUCAUGAACGCAGAGCGCUUACGAAGGGAACUUUGUGGAAGCGACUUAGAAGACGAGGAAGUGGAAGGCUACACUAGUCCAGAAGAGGAGAGGACUGACAGUGUUGAACAAGCAGAACACUCUACUUUCCCGAAGUCUAUCAUAUCUGAAGAACCUGAGCUUUCCAUUGGCGACGAAGAGGACGUGGCUUCACAGGAAGAACGAAAAACAACCGACGGAAAUACUCUAGAAAAUCUUAAUCGACCUUCUACCGAAACUGUUUCUGAAGACGAACUUGACAAUUGGAAUAUAGACGACGCCAAUGUUGUCUACCCUAUAGCGAAAGAGGAACAAUUUAAUGACCAUGGCCGCAGCAACACCGAUAGUGAGAUCGAAAUAAUUGAACAUUUCAACCCCAGCUCCUCCAUACAAAAGUCGACUUCGAGGUCUCAACAGCGUAUAUUUACCGAUGAAACGCCCGCUAUACUACGCUCUCGUCGUCAAGUACACGAACCUUUACACCAACUAUAUACACCUCCAGAGUCCAGCUCUUCGUCACGCCCCUCCGCAACCCCAUCAAGGAAUGUUAUUGAUUUAUCUCACUCAUCAUCUUCCAGUUCUAGUCCUUCUAAAACUCGUUCUGACACACCGCGCAAUGUCAACGAUCUGAAUUACAUUUCUAAUACUGCACCAGAUACUCCUGUGCCUCAUAUAAACCUUGCUUAUCUAAAGAAAGGAAAAAAAUCACGUUCGCCAUCGAAGUUGUCGUCUGGGAUGUCAUCAAAGUCACCUACAAAUACGUCCACAAAACUCCCUACUGCCCAACCGUUUGUAUUAAUUACACCGAGACAAUAUUCUACGCAGCUUAAGUCCGAGACGAGACAUCCAACCGCACCAGUUCGCAGAUUUGGGGAGACUGGAACAUCUAUACAGAAAGACGAGGACCCGAAGCUAAGUCGAACGUCGAAAGGCAAAAACAAAGCGGUUGACUUAUCCGAGGAUUCUCAACAACAACAAUCUCGCACGCAAUGUCUUCCUUCAUCUAUCAAACAGGGCAAAGUGCAACAACAAUCACUGCAGGAUUCAAUACCUUCCAGCGAUGAAAGCGAAGCUCCUAUCGAAUCUUCUCCCAUAACACCGCUACGUUUUGGUGUACCCAAACGCAAACAAAAUACCGUCAGAGUAUCUCCAAAAUCCAAAAAUAUUAAAGCAACCAUGGUGAAAGAUCAUAAUGGACGCAAAGAAACUUAUCGCCAAUUUCAGUCCGAUAAUUCUCAAUCAUCACCAUUUAAGAAGCGAAAACGCGCAUCGUCCGAUGUCAAUUCUGACUUUUCGGAUUAUGCUGUCCAAGAGCGCGAGAGUGAAAGCAGCCCGCUUAAAUCCAUCAGAGCUCCAAGUAGGCCGUCAUCGUCAUCAUCUUUUCACGCACCUGCAAAUAAUGAGCAUCACCGUCAGAAGCCCCGAAGUAGAACACGGGCUGGGGGAAGACGUGCAAAUGAAUAUUCUGCUUCGGAAGAUAACUAUGAUAGUGAAUCCAGUGAAUCUGAAUCUGGGGAUCGACAUCAACGUAGAAAAUCUGAUUCCGGCGGUGUUCCAAUGCCAGUUCCACACCAUGGUUAUCACCAUAUACCUUAUGCAUCGUCUCACUAUGCCCCACAACCCUUACCAGACCCGCGGGCCCAACUUAUCAUAUCUCAGGCUAUGCAGCAACUCUCGGCAUUGGUAGGAGCGACCUGGACACCUUUGCAACAGUAUAUGGAAGGGUCGGUGCCUAAUACACCUCAUCGUCGCCACGAUGUUCGGUUGCCGAACGGUCCCUUCAUUACGCCCACCCAUCAUCCUCAUCCGUAUUCUUAUAUGUACGACCCUGCCCUUUCGAAUGCAACUCUCCCACCUGAAUCUUCGGAGUGUGAUUCCUCCCCCACCAAAUUGAGCUCUGGACGCCGCAAGUCGCUUGUGAAGAGAAGUCGGUCACGAGGGAGACGCGUUUCAUUUAAUCUAGACGCAGAUGCAAGGCAAAGAAUGGUAGAUGAAGUUGACGGGUACUCCAGUCCUCCUGUCUCAAUGUCGUCGAAAAAUCUAUCGACGGAUGUUCGACAGGCUUCGUCGUCUCGGGGCGAUAAAAGCGUUAAUACAAAACAAGUUGGACAGAAACAUAAAAGAGAGAAAACACCAGGACGACGGCAAGAGUUGACAGACAACGAUGAAUCCGACGUUGAGCUAAAGAGGAGAGGCCGAACACCAGGACCCAGUAUAGAAUCUUGUAGUGCCAGGAAGGGUUCGAAAAAGCGUCCUUGA